ACGCGGCCGUAUUCCGAACGGAGGUCUUCCCGUGGGCCCGCCCAUUAGACGAUGGUCCUCGUUUGAGCGCACCCUAGGUUUUAGACGAAGUAGCCUACUCUCAAAUACAAAGAACAAAAAAAGGGGUUAGACGACGAAGUAGUUGCAGAGACUCCUAGACAGACACGGCGGUAGAGAAACGAAGAAGCAAAGAAUCGCCUUUCAAUUCAAUUUAUAUAAUUAUAUGUAAAAGAAAGAAAAAAAAAAUUAGAGAGAGAAGGAGAAUUGUGGAAUCAAGAGCAAUUUCCAGUGAUUCUUGAGAUUCUACUUUUAAUUAUUGUUGAUUUAUGAUGAUUUUGGUUGGUUGUUCAUGGCCGGCUGUUCUUAGCCGGUUGCGGUGUUGAUUUGAUAAUGGGUGAUGAUUUUGGUUGGUUGUCUCGCUCAGUCCCGUCGCUCUGUCUCGCUUGGCUCUCUUGCUCCGUCAUCUCUCUCCCGCUCCCCUCUCUCCCUGUGAAGCUCAAGGCAUUUCGUUCGGGAAUGCGUUUCUUCUAGAAUUUGUGAAAAGUGUGAUGAGGGAGAGAGAGUAUUUGUUUCAUUAUUUUAUUCGUUAAGAGGUGAACAGUGAAUAGGCAACAUUUGCGUAACUGUUGGAAGAGGCUAUUCUACAGACUCUACACCCUUAUUUCUUUCCCCUCACACGCUUGUGCCACCUCACCGUAAAGCCCUUUGAGAGAGAAACUUCACAACAUCAUAAACCCCUUCGAACCACCGCCUCUGUGGGCUUGUUUGGCAAGGGAGCCCGCCGCCAACAACAACGUCAACAACAGCGCCGAUGGAUCAAGAUGUUUUAGUUGAUAAAGACUUCCCCUUGUUUUCCAGACCUCCCAAACGCUUCAAACCGACUGCUGCAACCACGACCGUCGCCCAAAACUUUGAGGCGAAAACCCCGCAUGUCGAAAAAGCAACAAACCUUGACCAUGAUACUACAACUACCACCACAUUCGCUGCUCUUGGCCUUGCUGAGUGGGUAGUGCGGACCUGCAAAGAGCUAGCAAUGCACAAACCCACACCAGUGCAAUCCCACUGCAUACCAAAGAUCCUUGCAGGCCGUAAUGUGCUCGGCGUUGCACAGACAGGGAGUGGAAAGACUGCCGCUUUUGCGUUGCCUAUGCUUCACCGACUUGCUGAAUACCCUUUUGGGAUCUUUGCACUUGUGGUGACUCCAACUCGGGAGCUGGCGUUCCAGAUGGCCGAGCAAUUUAGGGCGCUUGGCUCGUGCUUGAAUUUGCGGUGUGCAGUGGUGGUUGGAGGAAUGGACAUGUUGAGCCAGAAGCAGAGUUUGACAAGGAGGCCACAUGUGGUUAUUGCAACACCGGGGAGGAUCAAGGUCUUGCUGGAAGAUAAUCUUGAUAUUCCUCCUUUGUUCUCCAAUACUAAGUUCUUGGUUUUGGAUGAAGCAGAUAGAGUUUUGGAUGUUGGCUUUGAAGAGGAAUUGAGAGUGGUGUUCCAGUGUUUGCCAAAAAAUCGACAAACUCUAUUAUUUUCCGCAACAAUGACGAGUGAGCUAGAAACAUUGCUUGAGCUUUCUUCUAAUAAGGCAUACUUCUAUGAGGAAUAUGAAGGCUUUAAGACUGUUGACACUCUUAAGCAGCAGUAUAUACCCAUCCCCAAAUAUAAGAAGGAGCUUUAUCUAUAUCACAUUUUGUCUAAACUGGAGGAUUUUGGUGUUCGGUCUGCCAUCAUAUUUGUCUCCACCUGCAGAACUUGUCACCGUUUGAGUUUAUUAAUGGAAGAGCUUGAUCAGGAAGCAGCAGCACUGCAUUCUUUUAAAUCUCAGUCUCUAAGGCUUUCUGCCCUUCAUCAAUUCAAAUCUGGACAAGUUCCUGUAUUGCUUGCGACUGAUGUUGCCGGUCGUGGUUUGGAUAUCCCUAUUGUUGAUCUUGUCGUUAACUACGAUAUUCCAAGGUCUGCAAGAGACUAUAUUCAUCGUGUAGGGCGUACUGCAAGAGCAGGCAGAGGAGGGCUGGCUCUGAGCUUUGUCUAUCCGAAUGAAGUUGUUCUCGUUCAUGAAAUAGAAGCUGUUCUUGGAAAACAGUUGGAAAAGUUUGAGUGUAAAGAGAAUGAAGUGCUUUCUAAUAUUACAAAGGUUUCGAAUGCCGGAUGUGUGGCAAAUAUGAACAUGAUGGAUGAUGGCUUUGAGGAGAAAGCAAAAGAACGCAAAAAACAGAAAUUGAGAACCCUAGCAGAGAAAGGAUUAUUGAAGAAAAGGAGUAAAAAGAGAAAAGGAGAUAGAUCUGCUAAAUAGGUUGAUAAUUGUGGUUCAUCUUUGUAUUUCUCAUUCUCUUAUAUACUUAUCAAAAAAAAAAAAAAAUUCUCAUUCUCUUAUAUCACUGAGUGACAACUUAUUCGGAUGUGAAUCAAAUGAUGGAAGUGCUCUUAAAAAAAAGAAAAGAAUCAAAUGGUGGAAGUUUUAAUUAUGCAUCACACUGUUAGGCCUAUGAAUGUUUAUGGAUCUCAUAUAGCUAGUGGUUAUCUAUUUUCAGAUAUUUGAUUCUAACCCAUAUAAAUGGCAAAGGUGUUUAAAGUUUGUGAUAAUGAAAAAUAGAUCAAAUCCAGUCAA